AUGGCAACACAAGAUGCAACAGGUUCAGAAAUGUUCAGCAAAGACGUAGAACAAAUUUUAUCAGAACAUGAAAAACAAAAAGAUCAAAAAGAAGCGGCAAGUAGAGGAAGAGGAAAAGCAACGAAAGGAAGAGCUAGAGGGGGAAGACGAGGUAGAGGUGGAGCAUCAACAGGUAGACAAACAAGAAGUACGGCAAAAGGUAAAAUAAGAACUCCAAAAGAUCAAACAUCAGAAGAAGAAAAUGUAGAUGAAGAGGAAGAGAACCAAGAAGAAGACGAGAAGGAGAAAGAACGGAAGAUCCCUGGGAGUGAUUUGACAGAAGAGGAAGAGAACGAGGUGAUGAGUAAAGAAGGAAGGAGUGAGGAUGAAGGGGAAGAGGAUACCAUCUCACUAGGAGAUGAAGCAGAUUUCGUAAAAGAAGACGCACAUGUAGAAAGAGAACAUGAACGAUACAAGAACAAACUGCUAAAGCUGUAUGCGAAAGGGAAAGUUGGGAAGUUCCAGAUGCUAGAGACAGCGUAUCAUAAAUGGUGCGAGAAGGUUAAAUCAAAACCGAAGAUGAUAGAGAUGCUAGAGGUCUCAAGUGAAGAGGAAGAAACAGAGCUAAGUUCGUCAAAAAGAAAAGGAAAAAGUCAACCUUCCGAGAAACCAGCAAAAGUAGGGAAGAUGAUGAAUCAUGGAACGACGCUAACUCACCGCUUGAUAGACAUAUCAUCUUAUUGGGAUGGAAGAAUGACGGCUUGCUUCGGUUGUGUUCCUCUAACAAUCUUUGUACCUGCAUGGUUAUUGGCCGAUAAGACACAUAUGGCAAAUAGACGGAAACAAUCCUCUUCAUGUUCAGAUGUGGUAUCAUAUGCGGGUUUACGAGUCCCGAGCGAGUGGCGCCAAAGUUUCCUCAUGUGGUCAACUUCGUUCAACCUUUAUCUACAAUAUUGGAGGACAAAGUACCAUAGAGAAGAUAUAGCUUUACGUUUAGAAGAGCACAGGAAGAUAGUGUUAGCUCUGAAAACGAAAUAUCACGAUGCUUGGGCGCCGGCUCUGAGAUAUGACAUCACUCACCGUACAAAUGUAUUCAGCUGGGACAUGUUAUCGAAUAGCGACAAACAAAUAACUGCAGUAACAGGAGGUCGGAUGUUGUCUCACCUAGCUCCAAACGGGAGGAACCAGCAAUACCACCAUCAAGCACAAGGAACGUAUAAUGAAGGAGUGAAUCAUGGAUUGAAUACGACCAAUCAGCAUAUGUUUAAUGAGUAUCAAGAUCAAGGAAGUAGUAGUGGACAAGGUGGAAAUGGAAGAGGAAGGGGAAGAAGAGGAAGAGGAGUCAGCAGGGGAGGAAACGGAAGAGGAGGAGGACAGAGACCCACAGCUGCACCACCAACAACCGUGGUAAAUGGUGUGGUAGUGCCGAAAUUCGGACCGGGUGCAUUUGAAGCAGUGAAGGCGGUACGCCAAGCGGGAACUAACGGAAAUGGAGCUACAGGCCAGCCGUAA